AUGAACCCAAGAUCCGAAAGGCUUCACGUCGGUAUCAUCGGCGGGGGAAUCGCUGGCCUUGCGCUUGGUAUCGGCCUCAACUAUCGACAUGUAUCCUUCACCAUAUACGAGGCUGCACCGGGGUUGAACGCCAUCGGCGCUGGCAUAAGUCUCGGUCCCAACACGACGCGGGCCAUGGCGCUCAUUGAUCCAGCGCUGCGGGAGGGCUAUGAAAAAAUAGCGAUAAAGAACCGGUCUCCCGAGAAACGGCACAAUUUUGCAGAUUUCCUACUUGCUGAGCCUGGACUCGGUGCCGCGAGGGGAUUCCAUGGUGCCGCAGUCGGGUCAAAGGAUUUUGUUAGGAGCGGCGCCCAUCGAAAAGACCUACUAGAAAUGAUGAAGAGCUUGCUUCCAGGAAACGACUGUAUCCGAUUCGGAUUCAAGGCCAUCAGUGUUUGCCAGGUCGGGAAGAGAGUUCAGGUGAGCUUUGAAGACGGCCAGGCCGCCGAAUUCGACGCAGUUGUUGGCUGUGACGGCGGAAAAGGCAUCACUCGACAGGCAGUCCUGGGACAUCAGUUUCCAGACCAGGUCCAGCUGACAUACAGCGGUCGCUAUGUCUAUCGAGGCUUAGUACCUCCCGGCAAGGCACAAGAAAUUUUGGGAAAGUACGCAGACGACAGCAAGAUCUUCAUAGGGCAAGGCAGAUACUUCGCAGCAUAUCCCCUAUCGGGGGGUGGCUUCAACUUUCUGGGAGGGAGACAGAAGGAUGAGCCUUGGACGCAUUCACAUUCAACCCAGGAGGUGAGCAGAGAUGACAUGCGCAACGACUUUGAUGGCUGCGACCCACGACUGCUCGAGUUACUAGAGUGGGCUAAACCGUUGAGAUGGGGACUCUUCCACCAUCUUUCCACUCCGACUUACACCCAUGGACGUAUUGUGCUGCUCGGAGACGUGGCUCACGCCUCAACUCCUCAUCAGGGCGCGGGAGCUGGGCAGUGUUUCGAGGAUGCUCUCAUUCUAUCUCACCUGUUGGGCCAAAUUACGGACGACCAAGAGAUACCUGCCGCCAUGGAGGUGUACGACUCCAUAUGUCGCCCCCGCGCCCAAGAAAUCGUCCGGACAAGCAAUGACACGGGGCUCUUGUAUACCAUGACGCAUCCGCAAUGCGCAGAUGAUGUAGCCAAGAUUGUGGCCAGCGCGAAGGGCAGGUUCCAAUGGAUUUGGACCCACGAUCUGCAAGCCGACUUGGCAAAGGCGACAGAAGAUCUUGACAGGUUGCGAAAGCAAGCUUAG